AUGGGUUUCUGCACUCAGUUCUUGUUGGCUCUCCUGAUUUUGGCCAAGUUCGACCAGGCCUUUUGUGGAACUUGGCUUUCAUUCAGUGAGUUUACCCACGUUUUUACCACUUUGUAAGGAUGUUGUGAAUCUCCUCUCACUAUACUUUCAUACAUAAAAAAGCUGAUAUCUAGUAAAAUAUAUUGAUGUUGUGCUAACAAAACGGCUGUGCCUUUGGCAACCUGACAAACCAGUUUCCGGCUUUUGGCUUAUUGUUUCAAAAAUCGAAUAUUUUAUUCAAAAAAUGUAAGGUACAAGUAACAACCAACGCCGUUCCAAUCUUAACACUGAGCUGGCCAAUUUAGCUGAUGGCUCGGCCGAUCGUUUGGCCCUCUCCAAUUCGGUCCCGGUCCAGCCGAACGGAGAUCCCGGAAGACCAAUCGGAGCUGAUCCGUUGGAGGUGUUGUUGAGCAGUUGUAACGAGAAUUAUGUAAGUAAUUUUUGGUAUUUUGGGGAAUUAUAAAAUUUGAUGACUUUUCUCAAUGCUCUAAAAAUGAUGACAAAUUUGUUAGUCCAUAACAAUGAAAAAAUUACUUUCAGAUGACCCGCGCUCAACGUUCGGAAGCCCCUAAAUCCGAUGUCCUCCGGCUCUGCAAGGCUCUCUUAGAGUCGAUGCAACAAUAA